AUGAAUCUUGCUCUUUUAAUCGCUCUCCCCUUCUUCUUUGCCCUCACUUUGGGGCAGAGCAUGUCCUUUUGCAUCCCUGUUGAUUAUGUCAUCCAUGUGGAGAAGAGGGAGUGUGCCUACUGUCUGGCUAUCAACACGACCAUCUGUGAAGGAUUCUGCAUGACCAGGGAUAGCAAUGGUAAGAAGCUGCUGCCCAGAAGUGCCCUGACCCAGGACGUGUGUACCUACAAGGACAUGGUGUACAGGACCGUGAUGAUCCCUGGCUGUCAGCAUCAUGCUGUUUCCUACUAUACCUAUCCUGUGGCACUGAGCUGCAAGUGUGGGAAAUGCAAUACUGACUAUACUGACUGCAUCCAGGAGGCAAGCCACACUGAGUACUGCACUGUCUCCCAGCAGUCAUAUAACCCAUGAAGCCCUGGAAAGUCCUCUCCCCUGCCCUACACUCUGUGACACAAUGCAAAU